AUGCUAGCCAAGAAGCGCGACCUCAAAAACUGGAUCCAGCGAGCGUCCUCGGAACCUCAUCCGGAGCCCUACGACUCGGACGACGACCUCGCACCUGCAAAGAUGAGUGUCUCGGGCGACGACACAGACCUCAUCGACCCGCUCGACGACUGGUCCACCUUUGCCCAAGCGGCCCAGCUCCAGCUCAACUCCACCAGCACGCGCCAGCGCCUCGUCUUCCUCAACCGACAUGCGCUCAAGGCAGCUGAGCUCGCAGAGCUACAGCCCGUGCAACGAGCCGAGCUCCUCACCAUCAUCCUCCGCACAUAUGCAAAGUACAUCGACCGCGAAUCUCGCCUCGCUUCCAUCAGUGUAUUCUCCAAGAUCGUAGCCACAGACGAAGCCGCCUCCUCGCCAGACUCCAACGGCGCCGUCGCAAAGCAUGCGCUCGCCUGGCUCAAGCGGGAGUCGGAGCGCAUCGCCAAGCCUUCCGCCUCCGGCCCCUCCACCACUUCUCUCUCUACACUCACAGCCCUCCAUGCGUUUGUAUGCUCUCUCUAUGCCACACUCUGCUCAUCAUCAACCGCAGACGACGCUGCCGCAGUAAAGGCCGUCUCGCCGACAUGGGACGCUCUCGUCCACGUCCUCGCAGCCAACUACGACGCCAUCCUUGCCGCUUCCAACGGUCGCGACAGCGUCCGAAAGAACGCAGUAGCUCUCACUCGACGCACGCUGCGCAAUGCUCACGCCUACCUGCCUCACGUCAUCCGCAUCCUCUGCGCUAGCCAGACGCCCGCUGCUGCCCUUCGUUCGGCUCCCCUCCUCGGCGAGGCCAUCGGCGUGUCUCUUCGCCUUCGUGCAGGCUCCGAGCAGCUCAAGGGCGCACCCGAUGGCGUCGGCCGCGGAUACAUCAACGCCGCCAAGAGCGACAUUCUCGCUUUCUACAGCACUCAGAUCCUCGCUUCCAAGACCGCAGUGCCACAUGCCGCCAUCCAGGCUUUCGAGGAGUUCAUCGCCCAGUACGUCACCGAGCACGAUCUUUCUUCCGCACUGCGUCCGCAACUCGAAAAGAUGCUCCUCCGCUCGCCCGAGGUCGCCCUACCCGUCGCCACGAGCCUGUUCAGCGCAGUGAAGCUCGACGUCGGUCCGCAUGCCAAGCCGCUCCUCACCCCGGUCAUCUCCGCUUCCAGAUCCACCAACGCAGCCACCAGGACAAAGGCCGCCGACUUCUUCUCCGCCCUUUCCCUCCGAAUCCGCGAUGACGGCUCGGCCAAGACCGCCGUCGUCGACGAGCUCAUCGCCAUCCUCAAGGGCGGCAAGGCGGCUACCCCUGAAGCCAGGUCCUCCAUCUACGCCAUGCUCUCCUCCGUCGCACCAGGCGAGGCCGCAAAGAGCUCGGCCAUCGUCGACGUCGUCGUCUCCCUCCUCGCCAAAGAGGCGCAGGAAGCUGCGAUGCACGCCGCCGUCUCCUGCAUCACCACUCACCUUCGCUGGAUGCUCAUCCACGCCGACUCCGCACCACCAGCCGCCGUCUCCAACGCUCUGGUCAAGGAGCUCCAGAACUCCAAGGUGCCCAUCCGUAAGGCCGUCUGCCUUGCCAUCGGCGAGCUCUUCUGGUCCAUGGACGAUGCAAACCAUGCCACGCCCGCCGCUCGCGCAUUUGCAGAGUCGCUUCUGCCCGGCUUCGAGGCCAACCUCAAGAACGCGUCCACAAACCCGCUCACCGCCGUCGGUGGUCCUCUGGAGGGCUACAUCGCCACGGCUGUGCUUGAAGACCGUCUCGCCAAGUUUGGCUCCGACAAGAUCGUUGCCGUUCUGACAAACAACGCAGCGCUCGAGGGCAUCCUUGUCGUCGACCCCAAGCCAUCCUUCCUCCUCGCCGAGAAGGUCUUCCGCAAGAUCGCCACUCCAGACGAAGAGAUCUGGCUCUCGCGCGCUUUGCAGGCCGUCGUCGUCCGACAUGGCAAGGCGCUGGAAAGCGACAAGGCUGUCCAGGUGCACAUCGCACUAGCCCUCAUCCACGUCCUCUUCCAUGCAACCGGCACCAAUUCGAAGCGCUCCGUGCUCGAGCUCGUUCAGCAUCUCGCCUUGGUCCAGCCCAUCCUCACCCACGACAUCAUCACCUCCGGCAUCUCGGCCUUCCUCCAACAGCCUGCCCCGAGUGCAACUCCCGCUGCCUCAUCGGCCUCAUCCAAGCCCAACGGCGCGGCCUCGGCGGCCUCGACAUCCGGAUCGGCGGCUGCAGCAGCAGCUGCUGGCGACGUGGAAGAUGCAAAGCCCUCGGCCGAGACCCGAGCUCGUGAUCUGCGCCGCCUCUUGUCCGCUGCCAACACCUUCUCGGAAGAGCUCGAUUCGCAACUGCGCAAGAAGGCGCUCGUCGACACGCUCGUCCUCUCGCACCACACCGACCUUCUCGACCGCGGCACCUCAUGCUUCAUGGACCUCACCUUCAAGGCAAAGAUCCUCCCCAUCGACCUGGUGACCUCGCAUCAGCAGGACCUCCUCUCUGCCGUGCGCGUCGCCCUCGAUGAUCCCGCCAUGCGCGACGCAGGCUUUGCGGCACAGACCACGCUCGUGCGUCUGGCGCCCGACACCAUCAUGGCAGAGCUUGCCUCUCAGGUCGAAGCCGACUGCCAGUUCGACGAUCUGCACGCACUCACCCAGGAUGAGCUGGGUAUGUGGCGAACCGAGCCCGGCUCCCUCUACAUCGACGUCCUCUCCGCAAAGAAGGAAGACAGCGUCGACAAGAACAGCAAGAAUGCAAAGAUGGAGCAGUGGGAGGCCGAGCUUCGCGCAGACAUCGCCAAGAAGAAGGCGGCUCAGAACAAGACGCUCACCAAGGACCAAAAGGCCGCCGUUGACGCUCAGGCCAAGGUCGAAGCGCAAGCACGCGCCAAGGUCCAAGAGAUCCGAUCGCGCUACGUGCGCUCCCUCGGCACCGUCUCGUCCAUCGUCGGCGCCCGCACCGUUGAGAUCCAGGGCUACAUGCAGUCGCUCGUUGCUUUCGUCCUGCGCACCUUCGAAGUGCCUCAGGCCCGCGAGCUCUUUGAGAAGGAGGUCAAGGACGCUUUCUGGGCGCUGUCCAGCUGCUGCUCGAUCCGCCUCGAGGCCUACUCGAUGUUUGUCGCCGUUGCGAUCCUGCGCACUAUCGACGAGGAGCUCGUGCAGGAGGACUUCCGAGCCGAGCCCAUCAACGAGCUCGUGCUUCGCAUCCUCUAUCGCCUCCGAUCGCUGUCCGAGCAAUCGCCCUUGGAUGCUACCACGGUCGCUUUCAUCGACCCUCUUAUUGUUCGCAUCGUUCGUGCUGGCGGCUUCGGCGUGGAUCCCGAGGACACGGAUUCGGUGCUGGAGCAGAUCCAGCUCUCGCUCGACUUCAUCGACUUCCACGGCUCUGCGUGCGAAAGCACCUUCUACCCUCGUUCGUCGUUCAUGAACAGCCUCGUCACCAUCGUCGCCAAGCACACGCAGAUCUCCAAGGACGCUGUCUCUGCGCUGCGCGACAUCGGCGAAGCGCUCAGGACCACGGCUCUGCCGGCAGAGAUCCAGAAGCUGCUCUCCAACACCAUGGUCGACGAGGUCUACGUGCGCAACGGCUGUCUCCAAGCCAUUCAGCCGCUCGAUCUUACGGACCUCGAGUUCCCCGUGGAGCUCUGGCUCGCCUGCCACGACGAAGACGAGGAGAACGCGCGACUCGCCGAGAAAGCCUGGGAGGAGAACGGCCUCGACGUGCCCGAAUCCUUCGCAGACCCGCUCAUCGCGCUGCUGGAGCACAAGAUCGCCUACGUCCGCGAAAGCUGUGCGCGCGCUCUUGCCGCUGCCACCGAGCAACACCCAGAGCAGGUCUCGAACGUCAUCUCGAAGCUUUGCAAGCUGUAUCAAGAGAGGAACAAGGUGCUGGCACCCGAGUACGACCGAUUCGGAAUGGUGAUCGAAUCGACCAAGAACCGCCAAGAUCCAUGGCAGACGCGUGCUGCCAUUGCUGUGGCGCUCCGUCACCUGGCUCCUCUUCUUCAGGGCUCGGAUGUGCAGCCUCUGUUCGAGUUUAUGAUCGAUGGUCAGGCGCUUGGCGAUCGUAGCGAAGACGUGCGCCCCAAGAUGCUCGAAGCGGCCACUGCUGUGAUCGAUCUGCACGGCAAGGAGCACCUCUCCAAACUCAUCGCCAUGUUCGAGGCCUUCUUCAGCCACUCGACCGGCUCGAACGCCGACGACGGCAUCACCGAGGCAGUCGUCAUCUUACUCGGCCGCGAAGCUCGCCAUCUAGACCCCAAGGACCCGCGCGUCAGCAAGGUCGUCGAUCGUCUCAUCGAUGCCCUCAAGACGCCUUCGGAGCUCGUCCAGUCUGCCGUCGCCGACUGUCUGCCACCGCUGGUGCUUGCCAUCAGCAAGGACGUGCCGCGCCUGUUCCAGUCGCUCUUCCGCGAGCUCUUCGACGGACCCAAGUACGCCGGUCGACGAGGUGCCGCCUACGGCCUGGCUGGUCUCGUCAUGGGUCGAGGCAUUGGCAGCAUCAAGGAGUUUGACGUGAUGGACAAGCUCGCCGACGCAUUCGAAGACGCCAAGAACCCGACGCGCCGACAGGGUGUCAUGUUCGCGUACGAGACGCUGACGCUGACGCUCAAGAGGCUCUUUGAGCCGUACAUCAUCGGCAUCUUGCCACACAUGCUUGCCGGCUUCGGCGACGUCUCGAGCGACGUGCGUGAGGCGACGCAGGACGCAGCCAAGGCGAUCAUGCAGACAGUCUCGGGGCACUGCGUCAAGAUCAUCCUGCCGACGCUGCUCUCGGGUCUCGACGAGAAGCAGUGGAGGACCAAGAAGGGCGCCAUCGAGCUGCUGGGCGCCAUGGCGUACUGUGCGCCCAAGCAGCUCUCGCUGUCGCUGCCGACAGUCAUCCCGCGACUGAGCGAGGUGCUCACUGACUCGCACACGCAGGUGCGAACGGCGGCCAACAAGAGUCUGAAGCAGUUCGGCGAGGUGAUCAACAACCCGGAGAUCAAGGAGCUCGUGCCCGUGCUUCUCAAGGCGCUUAUCGACCCCAACACCAAGACAGGUGCGGCGCUCAAGCGUGUGCUCGAGACGAGCUUCGUGCACUACAUCGACUCGCCGUCGCUGGCGCUCGUCAUUCCGAUCAUCGACCGUGGUCUCAAGGAGCGCAGCGCAACGAUCCAGAAGGACGCUGCGCGCAUCGUCGGCAAUCUUGCCGGUCUCACCGACUCGAAGGACUUUGUGCCGUACCUCGGAAAGCUCAUUCCUAUGGUGCGUCUGGUGCUCAUCUCGCCCGUGCCCGAGGCACGAGCGGUUGCGGCCAAGGCGCUCGGUACGCUUGUGGAGCGCCUGGGAGAAGUGCACUUUGUGGAGCUGGUGCCUUCGCUGCUCGGAGUGCUGCGCUCGGACGCCACGGGUGUGGAUCGCCAGGGUGCCGCCCAGGGUCUCGCCGAGGUGCUGGCUGGUCUGGGCAUGGAGCGCAUGGAGAACUUGCUUCCCGAGAUCAUCAACAGCGCCGCGGAUCCCAAGCCGUACGUGCGAGAAGGUCAUAUUUCGCUGCUCAUCUACCUGCCCGCCACGUUCGGCCACCGUUUCGCGCCGCACCUGGGCCGCAUUAUCCCACCGAUUCUCAGCGGUAUCGCCGACGAUGCCGAGACCGUGCGCGAGGCGUCGAUGCGUGCUGGUCGCAUGAUCAUCGCCAACUACUCGUCCAAGGCGGUGGAUCUGCUGCUGCCGCACCUCGAGACGGGCCUGUUCGACGAGGCAUGGCGUAUCCGCAUGUCGUCGCUGCAGCUCACCGCCGAUCUCCUGUUCCGCCUGUCGGGCAUUUCGGGCAAGAACGAGGUGGAGGACGAGGGGAUCGACGAAGAUAUGGAGCACUCGGCUGCCAACAACUCGGUGCAGCGAGCGCUCAUCGAAGCGCUGGGACAGGAGAGGCGCGACCGCAUCCUUGCGUCGAUCUACAUUGUGCGACAGGAUCCCAACAUCCCCGUGCGCCAGGCAGCGAUCCACACGUGGAAGGCGCUGGUGCACAAUACGCCGCGUACGGCGCGCGAGGUGCUGCCGACGAUGCUGGACAUCCUCAUCAAGUCGCUUGCCUCGAACGGCGACGAGAACCGCGAGAUGGCGGCGCGCACGCUGGGCGAGCUGGUCAAGAAGCUGGGCGAGAAGAUCCUGCGCGAGACGAUUCCGAUCCUGCGCAUGCGCGGAGCGACGUCGGAGGACGCCAAGACGCGCUCGGGCGUGUGCUACGCGGUGACCGAGGUGCUGGCCAACUCGACCAAGACGCAGCUGGAGGACCACGAGGAUGCGAUCAUCGCGGUGGUGCGGCAUGCGCUGGUGGACGAGUCGCCGGCGGUGCGCCAUGCGGCUGCGCAGGCGUUCGAUGCGACGCAGACGUACAUUGGGCCGCGCGCGAUCGACGAGACGAUCCCGACGCUGCUCGAGGCGCUGUCGGACACGAGCGGCGGCACGUCCGAGACGGCGCUGGCUGCGCUGCGCGAGGUGAUGCGUGCGCGCUCGGACGUGGUGUUCCCCGUGCUGGUGCCGACGCUGAUCGCGCAGCCGAUCACGUCGUUCAACGCGCGUGCGCUGGCGGUGCUGGUGCGUGUGGCCGGAUCGGCACUCAACCGGCGGCUGUCGAGCAUGCUCACGGCGCUGUCCAAGGCGCUCGACACGGAGAAGGACGAGACGGUGGUGGCGGACCUCAACGCGGCGGUCGAGGCGCUGCUGGGCUCGGUGUCGGACGUGGACGGACUGCACCAGACGAUGCUGCUGCUGCUGGGCUGGGCCGGAUCGACGUCGUCGCCGCAGCAGCGCCAGCGCGUGGCGGGCUGCAAUCUGUUCAAGGUGUUCUGCCAGGUGAAGAAGGCGUCGGUGGACGUGUCGGACUAUCUGGUGGACUGGCUGCGCAAGCUGGUUUCGCUGCUGGACGACCCGGUGCCCGAGGUGGUGGAUGCGGCGUGGAGCGCGCUGGACGCCUCGCUCAAGACGGUGGGCAAGGACGAGCUGGAGGGGCUGGUGGUGCCGUUGCGGCGCAGUCUGGAAAACACGGGCGCGGCCGGACGCGAGCUGGCGGGCCUGUGCCGACCGAAGGGAGCGUCGCCGCUGGUGCCGGUCUUCCUGGCGGGCCUGAUGAACGGUACGCCGGACCAGAGGCAGAACGGAGCGCUUGGACUGUCGGACAUUGUGGAGCGCACGUCGUCGGAUGCGAUCAAGCCGUUUGUCACGUCAAUGAUCGGACCGCUGAUUCGACUGUGCGGCGACCGUCAUCCGCCGCCGGUCAAGGCAGCGAUCCUGACGAGCUUGGACACGAUGGUGCGGCGCAUCCCUGCGCUUGUGCGACCGUUCUACCCGCAGCUGCAGCGCUCGUACCAGAAAGCAGUUUCGGACGCUUCGAGCGCCACGGUGCGCGCCAAGGCGGGUGUGGCGCUGGGCAACCUGAUGGGUCUGCAGACGCGCGUGGAUCCGGUGAUUGCCGAGCUGGUUGCGGGUGCUCGCGCCGGUCUUGGCGAAGGCGGCGCCCCCGCCGCGGCGGGCUUGGCUGGAGCCGCAGCUGGCGGCGCGACCGACCCAGCUGAGCUUGCGGAUUCGUUUGCGCAGGCGCUGGCGCACGUGCUUGCCAACGCCCCGGCCAAAAACGUGGGUGCAGCGAGUCGGGAGCAGGUUGUUGCGCUCGUGGAUGCGACGUUUGGUGCCGAGGUGGGCGUCAAGGACGCCUUGCGCCAGGGUGUGGCCGAGGUGGUGGGCUCGCUGGUGAAGCUGGACGCGGCGUUGGCGGCGGGCGUGCUGCGGAAGCACGUGGUGGGCGGGGCGUCGGGCGAUGUGGCGCUGCAGUCGCAGAUCGUGCGCGCUAGUCUGGAGCGCGACGCUGCGGCGGUGCAUGCGCUCGGGUUUGCAGACGAGAUUGUCAAGUCGGUGAUGGGAUGGAUCAGUCAAGGCUCGGCCAUCUCGCGGCCGGCCAAGGAGGCAAGGGAGCUCAUCCGCGACUCGGACGCCUGGAGGACAGAGGCCAAGGCAGCCGACUGGAUCUAA